UGCUGGUGGCCGCGGCCCGGAUCGGGAAGUGUCAAGCGGGAGCCGGGUUCCCCCGCGUUCGCUGCCAUCUCCGCGGAACCGGGUCCUGCCCCCGGGCCCCGGCCCAGUCGCCAUGACGAACGUGUACUCCCUGGACGGGAUUUUGGUGUUCGGCUUGCUCUUUGUGUGUACCUGUGCCUACUUCAAAAAAGUACCUCGUCUCAAAACCUGGCUUCUGUCUGAGAAGAAGGGAGUCUGGGGUGUGUUUUACAAAGGUAAGGCCGUGCUCCUCAAGAGGAGACUGCACCUGCUGUGCAGCGGGGCACUGCGAGGGGAGACUGGCUGGGCCGGAGGCUGCUGUGAUUGGAACCCGGCUGCAUGCUGCUGUGGCAAUCGCCUGUGUCGUAAUGGCCUUUUACGUCUUGUUUAUAAAAUGAAUUCCAAAGAAUCCACCUCACCAGCUGCCAACCAAGGGGACGAGGGUGAAGAACCUGUCGGAGGCCUGCACCCAGCGUAACAGAGUUGAGUCCAGAUCAUCUAAGUCCCCAGGGUGCCGCCACAGCGGGUGCCCCUGCCAUUUGUGGGGAACACUCAUCAUGGUUAUGAACACUGUUUAUGCUCCCGAGGACUCCAGAGAGCCAGCUUCCUUUGAUCUGUGUAUAAAUCAGUUCUCAGUAGUCAGCAAAUAAUGGCCGGAUAAAUUACACCCCUCAGUCGUCAUAUUACAUCCCUCUUGCUUGAAAACCUGUCACCCAUUUUAUGCUUCAGCCACUUGUCAGGGUCUUCUCCAGUGAGGCUUGUAGGGAAGAACAUGGGCUGUUUUCAGACCGCUCAGAAAGAAGGAGGCAUCAUUUCAAAAUGGGACUUUUUGUUUUUCACUGUUAGAUUUGGAUUUGACAAAUUGGGAAGGGGGUGCUGGGUAUAAAUAGGAGUUAUGAAAUGCCAAGAAGUUGUGUGGCUUUGCGAAUUUAUUUUUCUUGUACCCAGCUGGGAACAGAGAGAGGCAUAGCUGUCAUCCCAGGAGAGCAGAUGAGGUGGCCGUGCCAUGUGUGGUGGCCCGCGAGUUCUGCCAGGCGAUUCUAGGCAUAUGUACAAUUCAGGACAUACCUGUCUGUGAGGAGAGCAGAAGGCAGACCCUUAGAAGACAUUUUCCAUUCACCACUCUUCCUAGGAGACUUUACUCAGUCAAAUGAUGUCUGAGAAAGAGUCCAUGUUGCUAUUUCCUAAAGCGUUUAUAUUUCCUGAAUUUUGUAGGGCUAAAUGCCAUUACUUUUUAAAAUGCCACCACGAGAGGGAAAAGAGACUAUUCAAGAAAUAAUUAUCUAAUAUAUUUGCAGUGGGGCUAGAAUGAAUCUGUUAUAUGAAUUAUACUAGUGAAUUCAUGUAGUAUGAAAAUUUGUUGUGAUGUCAGAUGGUAAUUUUGCCACGUGUACAAGAGACAUGCUUAAUUUUUGUUUAUGUCUGGGUCUUGAGGGCAAUUUUUAAAAAUUGUUUUUCUUGACCAGCUGUUGAUUCUCUUCAUAUCGUGUCGUGGCCCUAGUUGUCUCUGAAAAUUCCAUCUAUAUAAGAACAUGAGAGAGUCAAGGAAGUUGCCGAUCCUUGUUGGCAUGGAAUCCAUGCAUAAAAGGUUUGUUUGCCGCCGGGUAGGACAGCUGUGCCACCACGCGAGGGCGCUUCCUCUGACCAGGGCAGCUCCCGAGCAGCUCACCUAGGUGUCUCAGAUUCUCCCUCUUUCUUCUGGCUGCAAAAGGAUCAGACUACAUGUGCAGCUAAAUGAUUGUAAUAAGCGAGCAGAUACAGGUCUUCCAGUUGAGUUGUCCGUUGCAUGAAAGCUUGAGUGCGGACGAGUUAACUGGGGUUCACUCCCGUGUGGCCAUCAGCUGUCUCCUGUCUGCUUGCUCCGAAGGAAUAAUUGCUGCUGGGAAGUUCAAUUUCUACAAGAAAGCAGUUAAGCGCUCUGAGGGUUUCUAGAUGAAUAGGAAGCUAUCAAGUUCAACACUACACGUCUAAUCAUCUCAGCUGUGGCUAUUAUCUCUUCAGGCAUUGGUGCACAGGGUAAAUUUCAGUGAUUCCUGUUUUUCCAUUCUCAGUUUUGUGGAUUUUUUGCAUGAGAGAAAGAGGAAGGAAGAGUUACACCUUGGGGGUGAGGCUUUGUAUCCUGUUGGUGAGAAGGAAUGUCACUCCCUGGAAACAGGCCCAGCAUAUUUUGCACUUACUUGUGUAGCUUUUGUGACUUCUUUUCUACCAGGGCUAAUGUCUCAGCUCUGAGCAGAGAGCUGCUGCUUAUUUUUAGCUGGUUCCAUUCUACUGUUCUAUUUCAAAGCGAUUUCUGCAGCCUCCUGCAAGGGUCAUCUUGACCUAGACUCUGGAUAUCUUAAAUUUCUAAGAUGUUUUCAUACAAGAAUGUACCAAGAAGUACACAAGGUGAAGGUGAUUUACAGCAAGAAAACCAUACAUGGCUUAUUUCAUUUCUUUCUGUAAGCAGAUAAGGAGAAACUCUUACUUCACUCAGUAUUUUGGUUAAUGUGUUUUAAAUAUUUCUGAUGAAGAAUAACAGGAGGUUGUUCCUCUGGGGUGUAUUUUAGGAAUGAAAAUGUGGGGACAGUAAUAUUGCCUCACAUUCAGACUGGCACCGCCAUAUACCCUGUGUAUCAGGGUGGGUGAUGUCAGCUCCCUUUUUAUAGUCGAAACAGUUUUUUAUUGACCGUUGUCUGCACAGAUCCUGAAAAAUAAAAUUUCUUUCCCUA